ACCAUUGCUCCAAUCUGGCAAAAGAUUUAGCAUGCAAAGCACUCUAGUGAGACACAAGGGAACUGACAUUGGGGAGAAACCAUAUGAGUGUCUGUAUUGUGGGAAACGUUUUCUGCAUAAUUCCAAGCUGGUGAUACACCAGAGGACUCAUACAGGAGAGAAACCAUACGAGUGUCCGGAUUGUGGGAAAAGGUUCAGUCAGAAUUCCAACCUGGUGAUACACCGAAGGACUCACACUGGAGAAAAACCAUAUGAGUGUCCGGAUUGUGGGAAAAGGUUUAACUGGAAUUCUGAGUUGGAAGUACACCAGAGGACUCACACAGGAGAAAAACCAUAUGAGUGCCCGGAUUGUGGGAAAAGUUUCAGUCGGAAUUCCCACCUGGUGGAACACCAGAGGACUCACACAGGAGAGAAACCAUAUGGGUGUCCAGAUUGUGGGAAAGGUUUCCAGCAGAAUUCCAAGUUGGUGCUACACCAGAGGACUCACACGGGAGAGAAACCAUAUGGGUGUCCGGAUUGUGGGAAAAGUUUCAAGCAGAAUUCCAAGCUGGUGAUACACCAGAGGAGUCACACAGGAGAGAAACCAUUUGAAUGUCCGGAUUGCGGGAAAAGUUUCAGUCAGAAUGCCAACCUGGUGAUACAUCAGAGGACUCAUACGGGAGAGAUACCAUAUGAGUGUCCAGAUUGUGGGAAACUUUUUAGUAGAAAUUCCAAACUGCUCAUGCACCAGAGGACCCACACGGGAGAGAAACCGUAUGAAUGUCCAGAUUGUGAAAAAGGUUUCAAUUGGAAUUCUGACCUGGUGAUACACCAGAGGAUUCACACAGGAGAAAAACCGUAUGAGUGUCUGGAGUGCGGGAAACGCUUCAUUCGAAAUUCCCACCUUGUGCAACACCGCAGGACUCACACAGAAGAGAAACCAUAUAAAUGUCCAGAUUGUGGGAAAGGUUUCUAUCGGAAUUCCCACCUGGUAAUACACCAGAGAUCUCACACAGGGGACAAACCAUAUCAGUGUCUGGAUUGUGGUAAAAGUUUCAAUUGGAAUUCCACCCUAGUGAUACACCAGAGGACUCACACAGGAGAAAAGCCAUAUGAGUGUGUCGAGUGUGGGAAAAGUUUCAUUCGAAAUUCUGACUUGGUGAUACACCAGAGGACUCACACAGGAGAGAAACUGUAUGAGUGUCUGGAUUGUGGAAAAAGUUUCAAUCAGAAUUCUCACCUGAUGUUACACCAGAGGUCUCACACAGGAGAGAAACCAUAUGAAUGUCUAUUUUGUGGGAAAGGUUUCAGUCAGAAUUCCUACCUGGUUAAACAUCAGAGAAUUCACACAGGAGAAAAACCAUAUGAGUGUCCCGAAUGUGGGAAAAGGUUCAUUCGGAAUUCUGGCUUGGUGAUACACUGGAGGACUCACACAGGGGAGAAACCAUAUGAGUGUCCGGAUUGUGGGAAAGAUUUUAGCAUUAGAUCUAGCCUCAUAAAUCAUGUAAGGUUACACACAGGGGAGAAACCAUUCAAAUGUCCAGAUUGUGAACAGUGUUUCACACAAAAUUCCUCUCUUUCCGCACACAAGAAGACUCACCCUGGAGAGAAACCAUAUGAGUGUCUGUAUUGUGGGAAAGGUUUCCAGCAUAAUUCCAAGCUGGUGAUACACCAGAGGACUCACACGGGAGAGAAACCAUAUAAGUGUCUGUAUUGUGGGAAAAGUUUCAGUCAGAAUUGCAACCUGGUGAAACACCAUAAAACUCAUACAGGAGAAAAACUAUAUGAGUGCGCUGAUUGUGGGAAAACUUUCAAGCAGAAUUCCAACCGGCUUGUCCACCAGAGAACUCACACAGGAGAGAAACCCUUUGAUUGUCCUGAUUGUGGGAAAAGUUUCAGUUAUAAUUCCAACCUUCUGAAACAUCGGAGGACCCACACAGGAGAUAAACCAUAUGAAUGUCCAGAUUGCGAGAAAGGUUUCAGUUGGAAUUCUGACUUGGUAAAACACCAGAAGACUCACACGGGAGAAAAACCGUAUCAGUGCCUGGAUUGUGGGAAAAGUUUCAGUCGGAAUUCACACCUGGUGGAACACCAGAGAAUUCACACAGGAGAAAAACCAUAUGAGUGUCCUGAUUGUGGGAAAGGUUUCUCUCGGAAUUCCUACCUAGUGGUACACCAGAGAAAUCAUACAGGGGAGAAAGUGUAUGAGUGUCAAGUGUGUGGGAAAACUUUCAGUUGGAAGUCUGAACUGGUGAAGCACCAGAAGACUCAUACAGGGGAGAAACCAUUUCAGUGUCUGGAUUGUGGUAAAAGUUUCAGUUGGAAUUCCGCCCUGGUGAUACACCAGAGGUCUCACACAGGAGAAAAACCAUAUGAGUGUGUCGAGUGUGGGAAAGGUUUCACUCGAAAUUCUGACUUGGUGAUACACCAGAGGACUCACACAGGAGAGAAACUGUAUGAGUGUCCAGAUUGUGGAAAAAGUUUCAGUCAGAAUUCUCACCUGAUGUUACACCAGAGGACUCAUACGGGAGAGAAACCAUAUGAGUGUAUGUAUUGUGGGAAAUGUUUCAGUCAUAAUUCCAACCGGGUGAAACACCAGAGAACUCACACAGGAGAGAAACCGUAUGAAUGUCUCGAGUGUGGGAAAAGUUUCAGUCAGAAUUCGUACCUGAUGAAACACCAGAGAAUUCACACAGGAGAAAAACCAUAUGAGUGUGUCGAGUGUGGGAAAUGUUUCUACCGGAAUUACGACUUGGUGAUACACUGGAGGACUCACACAGGAGAAAAACCGUAUGAGUGUCCGGAUUGUGGAAAAGAUUUUAGUAUUAGGUCUAACCUUAUAAAUCAUGUAAGGUUACACACAGGGGAGAAACCAUUCAAAUGCCCAGAUUGUGGACAGUGUUUCACACGGAAUUCCUCCCUUAUCGCACACAAGAAAUUCCACAUGAGUCAAAAUUUGAUGUGUGUAGAGGAAUCUUGAACUUCUCGUCUCUCAUUGGGAACCCAGCUGAGAAAUUAACCAUUUAAUUUCUUGCAUGAUUCUUUUUAGUCAGACAUGUAUUCGUAUCAGACAUGUGGAAGGAGAUCUGAGCUUCCUUCCUCUGACCCAGCGCAGUCAUUUUCUUGUGGAAAACGAAAGAACUCUUACGAAUUCCAGAGGGGUUUAGCAGAGAGGUUUAUUUGCGCAGGUUCAGAAGCAUAAUGGAGAUAGGCAAUUCUGAACAAGGAGGGCGGGAUUAGACUUCAGUUUUAUACUAUCCUUUCAGGAACAAAAGGACUACACAUGGAAAUACACAUUGUAAUACAUUUGGAUCGUUUCUCAUGGACAUACAAUGGAAGGGUUUGCUACAUA